AUGAUGGGUCACUCUCGAUCUCGUUUCGUCAUCGCACUUCUGCUGCUCUCCGUGCUGAUUGCAAUCUGUGUUGCCGCGCCACCAGCGAUCUCUUUGCAGGAUCUUCCAGCUGAAGACUAUCCAUUCCUCGAGGAAGACGUUUUGGAUCUUCCUAGCGAUGGAACUGACGCGCCUAUCGCUGAGAAACGCGCCGUUUUUCGUAUGGGCAAGCGAGCAAUGAUGAGAUUCGGAAAACGUGCAGUGAUGCGAUUUGGAAAACGAUCUGUGUUCCGACUUGGUUGA